UGUGAAACUAACGUUUCUGGCCUUCGAUUGAAACAGGCAAUCGAGAAUUUCACGCGUCGAUCAACAUCGCUUCGAAUCUUCGUUGCCCUGGUACGAAUAAUAAUGUUGAUCAAAGAAUACAGAAUUCCUCUGCCGAUGAGCGUGGAAGAGUAUAGGAUAGCUCAGUUGUAUAUGAUCCAGGUAUGGUUCUUUUGUUCCGAACUAUGUUUUCCAACUGUCCUACACGUUCGAAGGAGUUGGAUCGCGACUGCAAACUCUAGACGAUUUCGCAUACUGUUUGUUUCAGUGUUUGUAUAUGUACAUGUCAAAGUUAUGUACCUCGAACACAGCCUGAGCCUUGUAAACAAGCUUUCAGUUACCAAACCGGCGGACGGCCGAUUUUUUUUUUCCUGACGAUAUAUUUAUACCUUAGACAGAUAUUGUGUUUUGACUGUUUCGAUUGCCUCGGUAGUGAAUUUUCUUGGCUUAGAAUAGGCGACAAAUUAUGCAAAGUUUAUUGUGGUUUAGAUAGUAACUUUUUGUUGUGGUGUCCACGAAUUUUUCUCGCUUUCUCUCUCGUGACAUUGUUGACAUAGCUCGGAGCUAACUGGAUCGAAUCAUUUCUUGGAAAAACAAGAACAUACAAUCAUGAUUUAACACAUAAUUUGUCUGUUUCACGAAAAAAGUGCGAUCAAAAGUCAACUGAGUUAUCUGUAUGUUAUAUUUCUCGUUAUAAUCUUUUUGAUGCUCGUAUGUUUGUCGACAUCGUGAGAGUGAGUGAAAUCGAAGUGAAAUGCACAUUUGCACAUAUUUGCAUGUCAAGUCGUCUGUGAAGUUGACACAUUGGCGUGGGCGCUCUCAUAUGUCCGAUCUUCAUGUCAAAUUUUCCGUCUUCUUUGAAUUCCGAACAGCCUCUCUGUUCUCCACACAGAAACUAUUAAAACCGUUAGAUGCGAGUCAGAGAGCUUAACUUGUAACAUCACUGCGGAGAUUAAAUCUGGGGAACUAAAAUUCGAACUGUGGCUUUGAUCAAACGGGUGUCGAUUUCAUUACCUUUGUCAUAGCCUUUUCAAAUUAUUUUUUGGUUCCAUAAAAUCCCUCGGGGCAGAUUUAGGUUCCACAUGAUAUUGUAUUCAACACUUUCUGGUAUUUUAUCUAAAAAACAUUUAAUAAGGACAUCCAUAAUUUCUUCCUUCAAAAGCCACUAAUUUCCCUUUUUUACAAUUUUUAUUCAAAAAAAUUACUUGGGCACAUUGGAUACCCAAAUGAUGGAAUUCAGCUGUUUUGUGGUUUUAAACAUUUUGUUUUGCCGGUCUGAAUGAAUAUGAAUGCUUUUGGACACAGGCCAGCAUUAGCAUUUUGAUAAUCUUAGCUGUUUUGGUUAAAAAAUUUGUACUUGCUAUCAUAAACAAAAUAUUUUCACCAAUUGCUGAGAUGUGCCUCUUAGCUAAAUUAAAAUAUUUGAUAAGCUCCACUCAACCAUAGAACAGAAAAUUCUGUAGAAUGUAAAUAUAACACUGUCUUCUACUUUAGUUGCUCCAUAAUUUAUAUAAAUGUCAGUAGGUAAAUGAAUAGAUUCAUUCCAUUUAUAUUGACUUCAAUAUCAGUUGUAAAUGCCAAGUUGAAGUUCUAGUUGUCUCUUAGGUUAAUUUUUUGGGGGAUUAAUAUUUUGUAAUUCAUAGUCAUUAAGUAUCUCAGUGAUUUUAAUUAUUGACAGGGAUAAUUGAGUAUUGUUUGUUCUUUGUUUCAUGACUGGACAGAGAUGGUUACCUCUUCAAUAAAGACUAAUUUAGCAGUUCAUUUCUUAAAAAUAUUUGGUUGAACUGUAACACAUUGAAGACUUUUACUUGAUUCCAUUUGAGAGCACAUUUUUCUUAGAUCUUAUAAAUGGUUGUUUCUGCAACAUCAGCAUAAGUUGGCUUGAGGGAAUUUUGUACCUAGGGAUAAGAAAGCACCAGCCAGCAGAGGUUUGAAUUUAGGCCAGAUCAAGACAGGCAUUUUACUGUUUGGGCUAAAUUAUAUCACAGGCAUUUCAGAAACAAAUAGCUGGCAAGAACACUGGCCACUGCUACCUCUGGAGAACACUGUUAGGACCAGUUGAAAGGAAGCAUUAACAAAAGAAACACUACCUCCAAACUAAAGAAAUCUGCUAAAAAGUCUUUAAAAAAAUUGUAAAGGGUCAAACCCAUUUUAAAAGAAUCCAUGAGUUAAAAGUCAUUUCAAGGCUCAGUAUACUUUUAAGGUCAAUGAAGGAUUAUUCUUUCACCAGCUUUAAGUCAAUGAAUGGUUAUCUUCAGUUUGAUGUACUAGGGUGUUGAUUACAUCACUGUGAUCAUAGAUACUGUAUUAUUUAUCUUCAUUUGAGGGGAUUGUUAUCAUUACAUUUUGUAAUUUUUAUCUUUCAAUUUUUUUCUGCUGGUACAUUUCAAUCUAUACUAGAAUUGUUUUGAUUAUCCAAAAAAAAAUUCCUAUAAAGUAUCCUCUUUUCAUGUACAUGCUUCAUUUUUUAAUUCUGAGUUAACAUUUUGGUUAUCUCAAGAGAUCACAGUAAUAAUUGCUCAUUAUUGUUUGAAAGAUUUUAUAAGAAAGAACUCUUCAUCAGAUGAUGGUUAGCAGUGUAGGAGAAUCACGAUCACCCAAUACUCCAUCAUUAGACAAAUUAAAUUUAUAAUUUGAUGCCUUGUUACCUCUCCUUUACAUUGGCCAAAAGUUGACCACAUGACUUACAAAUAACAGUGUACAAAUAAAGAUCUGCUCACUGCAUCCAAUUGCAUACUUGUCAGUAGAAAAUGUCAAAUGCUUUCUCUAACCUAUUAGGAAGGAUUUUCAGGAUGAUAGUUCUGAAAAAUGAACUUGCCUUGACCUUCAGCCCCAACUUAAAAGCAUCAGCUUAGCACUGUCAAAUCACAAAAUAGUAAUAUUUUUUUCAACUAUGUCCAGUUAUUCUUAAUUAUUUGGAAUUGAAAUCAUUUGCUUCAAUUUUGGAUAUAAUUUAAAAUAAAUAUUCGAUCCUCCAAUAAGAAUUCACAAUUAACACUUGUGAUUACAAUUCAAAUGAAAGUGUUGAUAAGGUUGGCAGCAAUGCAGAAUGAGGCUUUUUUUUAUCACUUGUGGUUUGUAGAAUGAAAGAAAUAUACACUUAAGAAUCUCUCAUUAUGAGUCACAAGAUGACCUAACACAGGGUUGGUGGAAUGUUUUGUAAGCUUUUUUUUAACUGCUUUGAAGGUGGGAUGAAGUGUGCUUAGUGGUGGGCAAAAAUUGACACCUGCAGUAAGUGCAAGAGGUACCAAUAUGAGUCACAAGAUGGCUUAGCAUAGGGUUGAUGGAAUGUUAAGUACACUGUAAGCCUUUUCCACUGCUGGGAUGUGGGAAUUAAAGAAAGUUUGAAUGUGGGAUGUAGAGUGUUUCGAGGUAGACAGAAAUUGACAUCUGCAGUAAGUCCUAGCAUAGGGUUGGUGGAAUGUUAGGUACUCUGUUACCCUUUUUACACUGCUGGGAUGUAGGAAUUAAAGAAAGUUUGAAUGUGGGAUGCACAUGUAUUAUGGUUAGAGAUGGACAGAAAGGAGGAAUGUAAUUGUUUGGUGGGUGAAGGGGGGGAGGGGUGGAGCUUCUAUGUCUCCCCACCUCUCCUGAUAACAACUUGAUGAAAGAUUGUGCACCAGACAGCUCCACAACACAUUUUGUUUGAGUAUUUUGAUUGAGAUUGCACCCAUUCCACUCUAUCUGUAAUACACGCAUUUUGAAAGUUUAUAUGAUUCAAAGAAAACUUAGGUUUAUUAUCUUUGUCAUGUUAAUUCUAUGAGCAUCUUUCAGUAAUUAACCUGUGACAGUCCUUGUUUUUAUCAACAGUCAGUUAUUAUAAAAAUGUUUAUUCUUUUGUAGCACAAUAUUUUAAAACUCUUUUUGAAGAGACAUGUUUUUCAAUGCUGUUUUAAUUCAUAGAACUAUAAUUGUAAAUAGUAGGUGGCUUAACUUGAAAAAAAAUUCCAAUUCAGUGUGUACACCUGUGCAUUAAAAUCAUCACCUGUUGUAAUCUUCUUUUGAUUGAUGUAGAAACUAUAUACUAUAAAGUUUAAAAUGGUUUUCAGGGUAAGAUGUUUUCAAGAUACAAUUAUUAGUUUGAUUUAAAUUUUCUUUGUUUUAAAGGGCUGUCUUAAUGUAUAUGGAAUAUAUAUUUUGAUCUGGAUAGAGGAAAAUACAAAUGAACCUGGUUUGAAAUGGAUUUGAAUGGAAAUUUAAUUUAAGCUGAAACAUUUAGAUACAUGUAAUUAAUUUCACUCUAUAAAUUACCUUAUUUAAAUAAAAAGUUAAUGCAAAGUGAGUCAAAUUAGUUUUUAUUGACUUCUUCUGUUGUUCCUGUUAGAAAAAGAGUCGGCUGGACAGUGUUGGUGAAGGCAGCGGAGUGGAGAUUCUUGAAAAUACUCCUUACACAAAUGGCCCUGGAGGAAAUGGACAAUACACAAAAAAAAUCUAUCACAUUGGAAACCAUUUGCCUAGCUGGCUGAAAGCAAUUCUGCCAAAGGCAGCUUUAAGAGUUGAAGAAGAGGCAUGGAAUGCCUAUCCAUAUACCAAGAUGAGGACAACAUGUCCUUUUGUAGAGAAGUUUUUUGUUGAUGUAGAAACAUAUUAUUUCCCUGAUGCUGGACAGCAGGUACAUAUUGUGGAUCAUUGUCAGUAUCUGAGUGAUUUUGCACCAAUCCACUCUAAACCCAACAACAGUCGACGGUCAAAUUAAGGUUAAUGUUGAGUUAGGAGAGGGGUAGGUGUGCAGUUGCUCAGAUACUGAUAUUGAUUCCAUAUUUCUGCAUAGUUUAUUUUAGCUUUGAUACCAGCAUUUUGUCUAUGCUAUAAAAAUUUGCUUGUGAAUCAUUUUAUUUUUUCUUUUCACUUGUCUGCACCAGAGACAAAACACCAAUCUUUAUUGAUUACUACUGAAUAGAGUGCUUUGAGUUUGAAUUCUAAACAGUCUUCCAAAAAAAACUGGUCAAAAGUUUGUGUGGAUUUUUGAUAUUUUCUUAUUGUGGUGUACAAUUUCUUUCAGGAAAAUGUAUUUAAUUUAUCACCAGUGGACUUACAGGGAAGGGAAGUAGGUCAGUGUCUUUAUCUACAACAUUGAAGUUUGUGUUUUCUAGAAUGUGACUGUUGUGUGGAUUUGUAAGAAAGCUUGCAUCUACAGGUAAUUUGAAGCUGCUGAAUGUAUGGCAAUCAAUAUGGAAUUUUGUUGCUUUAGCUUCAGGAAAUAAAAUUCUUUCUCUUCCAAAUGGUAUUGACCAAGAGAUUUCUGCUCCUUAUUCCUAUGCUCACCAGCAAAUUUACUUUUGUGAAAAUUUUCUUACAGAUAUAAUUGAUCCAAUUAAGGAUCAAGUGUCCUCCUCAGACUACUCUGAAGAAGAGGAUCCUUUGUUGUAUCAAUCUACCAAAACAGGGCGGGGCCCUAUGAAGGAGAACUGGCUGGAGCAGUACAGAGUUGACAAGCCUCCAUCUGAUGUGAUGUGUGCAUACAAGCUAAUAAAGGUUGAGUUUAGAUACUGGGGAAUGCAGGUAAAUGUUGAUAAAGAAGGAUUUCUAUGCUUUGUAGCUUUUAGAGGGUGUUUUAAAUUUGUCUUUUUUUACUAAAAACUUUCUACGUAGCUUUUAGAUUGUGGUGGACAAAGGUAAUUGCCUGUACUUGUUAAAAAGAAUCCUCUUUCUACAGAGAGGAUAUUCUAUUUUUGCCUUUUUUUUUUUACUUAAAACAAUCAUAUCCACUGGAUUACCAAGAAGAAAAUCAACCAAUCAGAAUAGUCUCUCUCUUAAUCUUUCGUUGGGCUCCUCACGCAAUACAUUAUCUUCCAACAAGACAACGGGGGAAAGAGCUUGUUUGUGACAAAGCUGAAGCCCGGUUGCAAGGGAACUAUCAAUCAGGACUUUUUCUCGGGGAAAAGUUCACCCUUUGCCAAACAUGGGAAAUUUUGCGCGAGGCUAAGCAUGGCUGAUUUCAUUCUUGCUUCUAGUUGCUUGAAAUAGUCUUUGACUACGACGAUUGUUUAAUUGAAAAAAAACUUUGAGUAAACGUGAGUACUUAAAUUUGAGGUUGGCAAAAAAGGUGCUCUACCUCAAAAGUUUUGGAAAUACGUAAUUGUUCAUAGUCAAUUGACAUGUUAUCCAUUCGGUUUUUGUUUCAGAAUAAAAUCGAACAUUUUAUUCACUCGAGUCUGCGUCGCCCGAUGCUAAUGGGGCACAGACAAGCUUGGGUGUGGCAAGACGAGUGGUUCGGACUGACAAUCGAGGAUAUAAGAAAGUUAGAAGAAGAAACACAAAGGGUGUUAGCCAUAAAAAUGUGUAGAUUGUCCGAUCAUGGUAUAUCUAACACUGCUUCUGAUAGAGACAGCGACCAGGAGGUGGGCUUUGCAAACGACAAAGGCCGAGGCAGUGUUGUUUAUGUCCAAGAAAGCAAUAGUGCCUCCAGGUUAGAACUAAUUUCUAAAGCUUCGCUCGACGAAAACGAGAGCACUAUCUCUCCUUCACCCGUCGCAAUCACGGUGGAAAAAUUCGGAUUUGAUAAUGAAGAUAACGCAAGGAACUCGAACGGUGUGGAAUGCAAUGGCUUAGCUCAGACAGACCUAAUGAGUUCUAACGCUGAGAAACGAUUGUCACGUACAGAUAUGUUAAAAGGUUGGCAUAUGAGUACAAUUGAAGCCAAUGAUUCGGAUUCAGCAGAUGAUGAAUUUUUCGACGCUCAAGGUGAGUUUAAUUUUUCCUCUCUGCUAAACCUUUUUCAUAGGGAAAGAUGUGGGCGGGGGCUCUCCAGGAAGUUUUAAUGACGAGGGGCCAUCGAUAAAUUUGAAUCCUACGAAAUCCGUUCGUUUUUUACCCAAUUUUAUAAGAAAUAAGUGCAAAUUAUGGCAUAGAAGCCUCCUAGAUCCACCUCCCAUAUACUUAGUAUGCUUUAUGGAAAAACUUUGUGCAAAAAAUUGUCCGUAGUAUUCAUGUAGAGCACCUACGAUACCAAGUUAAAACCCACUUGAAAGUUUCCAGUCCAGACGGACACUCUUCAAGAAGCUUAAAAUUGAAAUUUUGUUAUACCCUGUUAAAGAUUCUAAACCCCUAAAACCGUCUUGAAGAUGUUAAUGACAUAUUAAUGCAAUUAAUGGAAUAUUAAUAGAUUAUUAAUGUCAAUAAUUUACGAUAAAAUUCGCAUUUUGUUUGUCUCAAAUUCACGACGGGCUUCAAAUAGAAAUAUUACACUUGAUGUAGCUACCAUUUUUUGAGCGUGUUAACUCCUAGUUUCUCUAAGUUUUUUUGAGGGUUACAUCGUUUUGUACAAAUCUUUCGAUAUUGCGGAUUGGUUGUUAUGAAUGGAGGGGAAUCGUUCACAUGACCCUCUCGUCAAUUCGGCCAUUUUAAACUUAUUAGUGGUAUUUUAAAGUAAUAUAGAUUCUUCUUAAUAUAAAGUAAUAUAUUUUUUUUACUCUGUAAACAUUUUUUUUUAUAUUUUUUUUAAUAGCUAGGUUUAAUUAACAAUCUUGUAUAUAUUUUUUUAAAUAUUUCAGUAAACAUUUUUAUAUGAAAGGUUCAAUUGAUUGAUUUUCUAUAUUUUUGUGAGGAAAUUUCCUAAAACAUUUUUAAUAGUUGGGUUUAAUUUAAAACUUUGUAUAGCUAAUAGGUAGUAGGUAUGUCUACGACAGCUUUUUUAGCUGCUACUUUUCGACCUACGUUAACAAACAAAGCAUGUAUGUAACGUAUGUGAAAGCCUGAUACGUCCUGUUUGAACGAACACGUUUCAACAAACAAAUUUUCAUGGGAAAGGUACUUCUGGUAACAGAAUUACCGCUUUGCGAUAUGAACUUAAAAGGUUCUUAUCGUCUAAGGUGAACAUAUCUGACAAAAUAAAAAGCACUAAGAAUUCUUUAGGUGGUUAUUCUCGUACUCACUUGAUUGUUUUCUCGUCCGUCGACAUUGCAGAGGAAUUUGAGGAGCAUGCUUUUAGCUCGAAUCUGCUGACCAUACGUAACGUGGAACUGGGUAACAGUUUCAAGAGUUUGGAGUUGGACACAGAUUCUUCUCGGGGCAGUAGAGAGUCGUUAGACUCAUUGGCGUCUGAACAGAGCGCAGAUAAGGUGAUUUUAGUGAAGAGUGUUAGUUCAAUUACUAUGAAUCAAAAUAACGCUAUUAAUAAAUACAGCUACUGAAAGACGUCUAAGAAAGGACUGUGAGUAGAAGACUGUCCGGCGCCAUAGUACCUCUGACUAACUGUGUAGUAAUGCAAAAAUCAAAUAAAUCACAACAGCCAAUCAAAAAAAAGGUCAACAUCACAACAAACCAAUGAGAACUUUAGGUGAAUUGACAUAAACCAUCAGAGACCGGCUCAAGCUAGGGAAAACGCGCUAAACUGCCAAGGAGAGAUUGGUUUCAGUCGCUUGUCCAUCUGAUUGGUGGAAAGGACAGCCUGGGUUUCCGUAGAUAGUAACAGAGGGAAGUAAUGCAGGAACAAAGCAAUUAAAGAUUAUUUCAACACUUAAAAGAAUGGCACGCAUGUGUUAAUGAUCGAUUUUCUAAGUAGAGGCUCCUGAUGCAAAUUCUUGCGAAUCAUUUUAACGUAAUUUUCUCUUAUCUUUUAGUCACCUCGGCUCUUAAGAAAAGAAAAACUUUGCAAGAAGGUUAGUGAUACUUCGACAUGCUCUAUACCAGGCUCUCGCAUCACAAAUCUCAUUCUGGUCAUUAACGGCGGCACGCAAAUAGACACUGGACUGGAGCCUUCGUCGCGUGAAAUGGACUUUAAACUACUCCAGGAUGCAUUUGAGGCUGUGAUAAACUCUCACUACAGAGGAGCGGAAGGAAGGAUCGCACUGAGACUCGUGGAGUGUCCUGCCAUUUGCUCCAAGGCUCUUAAUCUGUUGUCUCAGCUGUGUCCCUAUUCAGAAGGUGACUCGGGUAAGAAUUUAAAAUGUGGUUAUUUUUUAUUUGCAGAGCAAAACCCCACAAUGAUAAACCAUCUAAAAAUUUUCUGUUUAAAAUUAGUUGUAUUAUUUGAUGUAACCAAUGCAGUGAGAUAUUUAUACAUACGAUUUUCACUUUCUCAGAUGUGGCAAGUGUAAACAGUGGCUUCACCCCAGUCUCCAGUAAUUUUCCUCUCAGUGCGAUAUCGCUGAUGGUUUCGUCGUCCCCAUUUUAUGACGAGGCAGUGAACUCCAUGGUAACUGCCACAAACAUGGUGUAUAGAGAGUUCUUGAAGUCGGACGAGGGCCAAGGCUUUCGUGGAGAGGUCAGUCCAAAAAAAUGAUACUUUUAUACUAGCCAGCGGGACACACAGAGUUGUUUCCUUUUUUGCGUCUUUCGCACGAGCGAAUGGUUUCGUUUGUUGUUGGCUUACGCAGCGUUUCUUGUAGGGGUAUUUCCUGAGAGUCACAAACACUCCUUCUUAGAUUUCCCAGGGUAAACUUAACAUGAGCAAGUUAAGGAAAUGAACGUUAAAAGAAGACGCACCCUACAUGUAGCUUCGUAGUUAACAGCUAAAACGCAAGUCUUACUCAUUUUAUAGAGGUUUACCUGACUGAAUUCCCUAAAUUCGUGUCUUUUUUCGUAUUUCUGCUUCAGGUUUGCCUCCUCGGCGACUGUAUAGGUGCCCUUCUCGCUUACGAUGCCCUAACCUCCGGUGUCAACACCACGCAUAGCCGCACUCAGAGUUUCAUUACAAACACGUCGACACUUUCCCCGAAAGCCGCGUCAUUCGCUGCAAGGCAAAAUGUAGACUCAAACGGCGGUUUGAUGAGGAAACCUCGGCGGAUCAGUAGUCACACUCCUCCCUGCAAGAGCAGUCUGGAGAAUUCUCACAACCUUAGGCUGAGCCUGAGCAGCGGAAACAUUCGAGAAAAUGUUGACCCCGAGACAGACGAGAUGAUUACUGCUCCGCCAGUGGAUGAGAUGGAAGACAACGCUAUAAUCUCACCUCGCCUUCUCAGCAGGGCGGCCAGACAGCAUACGUUUAGCUUCGACACUAUGUCCUUGUCGGUAGAGUCAGUGGACAACGUGAUGUUCGAUUUUGAAGUUAGCAAAUUUUUCGCGUUUGGUUCGCCCAUUGGACUUGUGUUAGCAUAUCGAAGGUUCUUGAAUGGGGAAGACAGAGGAGGUCUUGGUAAGAAUUUAUCAUCACAAAUUUUCGCCCCGAAACCGUUGUGCUUUUAAGCCUGGUUUCCGUUUAAAGUGACAAAAAAAAAUGCGUUAAGCGAUCGGGAUGAAUAUACGGAUGCUGAGCCAAAUGAUCAUAAACGGCGGAGAUGAUAGGGAAGACCUGUAUCUUUCGGACAAAAAUGAGGUUAUAUCGCCAGUAUCUAAUUCUCCUUUCUGUAUCAAAAUGAAUCAGCAUUAAUGGCGGUGAUCGCAACUACAGAAGCUCUUGACUGUUAAACUUAUUCUUGGGAUCAGUACCCAGUAUACGUAAAGAGAUGUAUAGAGAACAGUUUGGACAAUAUGCAUACUGAUGUUAGGGUGUAAAGUGGAAGGCUCUGUUUUGAAAAUUAUCGCGCGGAUCAUACCAAUUAUCACAAAAGCUGAUGCGACCGGUAAAAUCUAGGUAAUCAUUUGGAAACCAAGCCAUGGACAUUUUGUUGCGCAUGCGUCGAUGGGAAAGAAGCUACGUCAAUCAUUGCUUGGUGUUCUGCCCUAAGGGCGAGGCCUGGAACAGCUCUUUAAAUUUUUUUCUAAUCCUGAUUUUAUUUCCCUUUGCUAUUAGCUCUUCCGCCCAAACCUGCUUGUAACCAGGUUUACAACCUGUUUCAUCCGUUUGACCCAUCAGCAUCCCGAAUCGAGCCUUUGAUCGUGAGUCAGUUUUCCCAAAUUCCGGCCGUUAAGGUACCUCGUUAUCACCGAUUCCCAUUGGGUGAUGGCCAAUCACACGUACUCAGCAACGUCAUCGGUGCUUACCCAGAGUUGUUUGUUCCCCAACCGCCUUUAACCCCUAGUUCCCGGUCCUUUACGGGCAUGGUUCAACGAGAGAGCAACCUGAGCACGAUAAGUCUGGUGUCUAGUGACAGUUCUGGAGGGGCAGAUCUGGAUGUGGGUAUGUCAAAAAAGGAAAUGAUGAAUAGCUUAAGAAGCUCCUGAGUGUCAAACAGAUUCUCUUUGUCAGUGUCAUAGUAAACGUAAAGAGAACAAUGCGCAGAGUAGGAAUAUAUUAUUAUUAAGGUGAAAAGGGAUAAAGUAAUCUUGGAUUGCAUUGGUUUUUCUUCACCACGUUCCACUAAUAUGACUGUGUGUCAAAUGUCCAUUCUAAUCCUGUCUUCCAUCUCCUUUUGUAGCUGUUCAAAACUGGUGGGGGAUCAAGCGCGUGGACUACGCACUGUAUUGUCCCGAGGGACUUCAACAGUUUCCCACAGCUGUACUCUCGCCUCUCUUCCAUGUCAGUUAUUGGGAGUCUAAUGACGUGGCUGCGUUCGUCGUCAGACAGGUAUAAACCGGUUUUGUCGCUUGUAAAUUCUCUUGGCACCCUUGCCCUCACCCUAUGCCGGAGAAUUUGGUACACAGACUUGACGGUGCGGUUAGGUCACUAAAGCCUCCACAGAAAAUUCAUUAUGGUGUGUAUUUGAUUUGUUGACCGGUGAAUCUUAUUUCUGAUAUCCGCUUUUCAUUCGUUUAGAUUCUUCAUGGGGAAUGGGACAUUUCAAGUGCGUCUUCUCCCAGCAGAAAGUGUCAGACGUUUUGUCCCUCCCAACCCAGAGAGAAGUGGUUGAAACGGAGAACUGCCAUAAAAAUCAAGGUAUCUUUCCCACUGAAAAGAAAUUUCCUGUUCAAACGUGCUUAGCUUUCCAUCAUGUUCAUGUGACACCUGGAGUUGUGUAGUUUUACUAAAUUAACGUUGCAACCUGUGAUCUACUUUCAUACUGUUAUCCAAAUUUCGUGUUUGGAAAAGAACCGGCGGAACGUUUUGAACGAUUUUAAAGCUUUUUAAAAUGAAGAAUCAAAGGGGAGAUGCACAAAAUGAAAAAAGUUGCUAGAAAGUCUUACAAGUUUGUUAGGGUUAUCCUGAAACAGUGUUGUUUUACUUAACCGUGAACGUCAAGAACGAAUUGUUGUUUGACAGCCCGAAGCAUCUUCGGUAGUUAACAUGACCAUUACAAAAUUUUGGUGAUUGAAGUACGAUUACUAUCAUAUGACCCGUAGGGCCCUGCGGGCAAUCCCGUAGAAAACCAUGGUGAAAGCUGACAAGUGUAGUUAUGACCUCGAGCCAAAUAUUUUCCCGUCCAGCUCGAAUAAACUCAGUCUAUAAGUACAUAUUAUUCAUUUUGAUUCCUUGGCAGAACCUGAACGCCAACCAUAGAGCCAAUGAUUUGGUAACCCUUGAAGGUCUUGACCAGGUUCUCACGGCCAGGUUCAUGUAUGGACCUCUAGAUAUGGUAUCUCUGAGCGGUGAGAAGGUAAUGAACUCUUCAUGAUGGUCCCAAUACACUCUGUGAUUGGUUUUGAGUACUCACGUCACGUCACGUUGUGCUAUGUCACAGCACGCCACGGUUUUAAAACUCACGCCACACUUCGGCCAAUCAGUUGUAAAACUAACGCCGUUCGCGACUUGUGCACUUGCGUUGUCCUGUUCUUAAGAUUUGCAUGUACUUAGCUUCUAUAUCUAUGAGCUCGAUGUAAUGUUUCCUUUGUUUGAUUGGCUUUUGUAACUGCUUUCGCUUUUGGGUGUGUGACACUCCUUAGAAUUAGGAAAUUGUAUGUUAUGGGUAAGAGAGAUAUGUUCGGCGAAUCUUAUGUAAUACGAAUUUCUCUCGCGGUUGCUCUCUAAUUCGUUUAGUAUACAUUGGUACAAGCCUUCUAUCGGGCAGGGAACCGUUAUAACGUGGUUAAGAGCAACUAAAUUUUUUUUAAACUAUAUCCGCCGUCCCAUCCAUGGAGAGCUUGGAAAAUUAGUCAGCGGACACCCUUAAAUCUAGACAAGUUGGAAGCAAUAGAUAGAGAGUUGCUUGAAUACUGCAUAUCAGCAGGGACUAAAAUUUGAGUUCCAUGCAUGAAGGUGUCUAAAAGAUCUUACACACUUCGUGGUACUGAAACCGGAACAAACUCUCCCCACAAGGGCUGAUGUUUUGCUAAUCCUUUGUUUCCAUUGCCCUUUUGUAGGUCGAUAUUUAUGUAAUGACCGAACCUCCCUCGGGAGAGUAUGUUUUAUUCGACACCGUGAUUACCGGAAGCGGAGGAAGGCUAUCGUGUACUAUUCUUGAAGAGAAGAAACUUCCGGUUGGCAUUUACCCAGUAAAGUUGGUCGUCAGGUGUGUGAAAUGUCUAUGGUCAUACUAGGAACCUAGUAGAUCUGGUCCUUUGACUCUAUAGAUCAGAGUAGAAAUUCUCCCCUCUUGUUUCUACUUAUUUCCUUGUAAAUAUGUUGUGUGAUAUUGGAGUGAUAUUGAUUUGAUAUUGUGAGGAGAAGGUAUAUCUUAAUGGCUUCUGAUAUUUAGAGGGUUAAGCGUAAUGUAUCUAACUAUCAUACUAGAGGAAUAUUAUAUUACCUUAUAGAACGCUUCUCACCGUAAUUUGAAACGGAUUUAGAAUGUGAAAGGGCUUGUUGUUCAAGGAAGACGAGACAGAGAUUGGUCGGCAACAAGAACCAACAUCGUGAUCAAUUAGAUUUGCAUCUCACUUUGGUGGACGCGAACGAUCCUAAACUCCCCAUCUCUAUCCUUCAGUGGCAUCAAUCGAUUGAACGUAGGUACCAGACUUAAGUGUUUUUUUAAUCUUGCCUUUUUUCUUUCAGAGGUGAUCAUACCUGGGUAGACAGUAACGUGGCCGUUUUGCCGCCUAAGACUGAGGCUGUGGUUUUCAGUAUCGACGGCUCGUUUGCGGCCAGCGUCUCCAUUCGUGGUAAAGACCCAAAGGUCCGUGCAGGUGCCGUGGAUGUUGUUAGGUAAGUUAAGUGUUGUGUGACGCAGUGGAAGAAUCAUCAUCGUCAUGAUCAUCAUCAUUUUUUUUUACUUUUUAACAAUUAAAAAAAAAACUUAUCUACAGCAGUUAUAAUUUAUAGAAGGCGAAGAGACCCAGGAAGCCACCGAGCUUCCUUCAUUUCUCGUUAGUGUUGUUUUACACACCCUCCCCACCCAGUCUCUCUUACGUCCUGGCUAUUCUCUCAUCAAUAAAUUUUUGUCUUCUUCUAGACACUGGCAGGAGUUAGGAUUCCUAAUCGUUUACGUCACAAGUCGGCCUGAUUUUCAGAAAAUUAAAGUCAUGUCUUGGUUGGCGGAGCACAAUUUUCCGUAUGGUCUGGUUUCUUUUGGGGAUGGAAUCUCAAAAGACCUUCAGAAACAUAAAACUGAGUUUCUUCGAUACCUUGUCAAUGAUGUAAGUAACUGACCACAGAGGUAAAAUGCUCAAACGAUAGAACGCAAAUGGAAUGAACCUAUUAUAAUAAAAACGAACGGUUGUGUAUAUAAACGAAAGAACGAAGAUACGAACGUACGUAUGUCUCUGUGUACGACGAACGAAUGCAGACGCGAACAAAUUGACCCAGGAGCGAAUUUAGAAACCUUACGAGAAGUUUAAAAUUUUCUUAUGAGUUAUAUAAGCUCAGGUUUUAUUCUCUAAGGAAAGGCAACUCACGCAUACUGAGCCAAGGAAAAUACUCUGCUCGUAGAUUACUUUUUUUUAUAUAGAGAAAGACACUAAGCCUUUCCUUUUUUCUGUCUGGCAGUGUCAAGUACAGAUUCACGCUGCGUACGGAUCAGUAAAAGACAUAUCGGUGUAUUCGUCAAUUGGAGUCCAACCACAUCAGAUAUACACAGUGGGAAAAUACCAUCCAAGGAAAUACUCCAAACAAACUCAGGUAAUUUUUCGGCUCUGUUGAGUGCCUUGCAGCACACAGAAAAGUUUCCGUUCGUUCAUCUAGAUUGAACUGCACAGCCGGUGCCAAGGUGAUUAUCUGAGGUUCGAGUUUAAACGCGCGCGAAUGAAAAAGGUUUCUUGUCGACAGAGAGGUAUUAGUUUGAUAGAUUCCUCUUGGUCUACUCGCUCACCUUUCAGUUUUUGCUCUCUAAACCUAUUCCCGCGCACAGCAGGAUUUAUUUGCUCUAAGUACCAGGGGAGAUCUCAAGCGUUAGGAAGUCCUCGCAUCCAUUUGGAAUAACAAGUUUGCAUGCCUUCAAUAUUAACAUUUCACCAAAAAAUGGCAGCUGAUUCCUCUCGCCCAAGUCUGAAGGGUUUUAUUAUGUCAACAAAGUGUCUCUUUCUUUGUUUUCAGUUCCUAAAAGACGGUUACGCAGCUCAUUUGACUGCGCUCACUACACAAACUAUUUCAAGGCCUGCAGUGGGAAAUUCUCGUUUGAUCCUUAGGCGCGGUUGUUUUGGCCUUCCCUCGCGUGUGUCUAAGACAAGACACAGGCUAAAACGGUCAAUUUCAGACAAACCUUCGUUUGAAUCUGACAAGGAUUGCUCGACAAUAUCAGGAUCGUUUAAUUACUCUUCCUUUAGACAGACUAAGGGGCGGUCGGUGAGUAAGUUUAAUGAACAGUAGUUGAGGAAAAUCACUCUUAAAGUCAGUAACUUGUAGAGGAUUGCAUUUAAGAGAGGAAUUGUACAUAUAUACAGAGAUCAUUUUCAUUUGUGUGCGCGGUUUUGCGAAGAUCUCAGGGCUUCUCCUCAAGUGUCUCACGUCUGAGACACAUGUUUUGCAUACCACGUGACUUACGUUUCAGCCAGAUCUCUCGAAAAAAGCGUGUUCGUCUGAACAUGUUCGGCUUCCUUUUUCUAGUGAGUUGAACCGAUGCCUCAAAGUCCGUGAUUCGAGUCCCAGGCCACCCUUGUAAGUAGCGAACUAGUUUUGCCAUCUCGAAUGGGAGACUGGCAACCAUUGUUAUGCUUACAUAACACGGCUUUUGUGGCACUUACUUUCUUGGCCUGACUGGCAUUGAGCUUCUGAAAUUGUUUUGAGAUUUCACGCUUCCUCCUGUCUAUAUCGUAAACUUUGGGUUAUUUAGAUAAAACUGUGUGUAAGUCAACAUUUCUGCGCUGUUGAGAAAGUGUAGUGAAACCCUCUAUUCAUGGGACACUAACUCAGAUUUUUAAGAAACCGUUUUAUUUAGGAUUUUCAUUGAACAAAGGCACAUCUUUUCAGGGGUGUUUCCCUUCGUGUGUUUUGUGUUAGUGUAUGCUGUUUCACCCUGUGUUUAACAGUCAACCUGUAAGAGAUGUCGGCGAUUUAGAUUAGCAAAGUUGUAACCACGAAAUAAUUAUUGAUUAUCAAAGAAUGAAAGAGUAACCAAUGAAUAUUAUGUUAUGUUAUUUAGCUGUCAAUUAUCUGGCUGGUCCAUACAUAGACAUGUAUUUUUACUUAUAGUGUAAUAUUAUUGCAGAACAUAUGCCGUUAUUAUAGUUUAUCUAUGUCCAGACUUGACUGUCUUGUAAUAAGGAAGAAAUUUAACUUAAUCGAAUAGCGUCGAACAUUCGUCGUCCAUUUUCUUCUUUUUUUUUUUUUUUGUUCUAAGUGUAAAUUUAUAAAUCCAGGUACAUUAAGAUAUCUUGCAAGAGAGAAUUUGUUAUAGAUGUUCCUUGUAAUUUUAACUUGAACGUAAUUUCUAAGCAAUCGAAACAAAAAUCUUGAUGAUCUGAAAAAAUAAUCGUUAAACACUGGUGCGUAAUCAUUUUCAUUUGUUAAGAAAUAGAGCUGGCCUUUUUCAGUUGUCAAUGUCUUAAAAAAAGAGCACAUUGUGACAUACAAGAAAAUGAUAUUGUAAAUAAUUAGUGUAUUUAUUAUAUUAAGUUCUAAGAGUAUAUAUUGAAAAGUAUUUACGUUAUGAUUUUUUAAUGAUUCCAGACUUGCUUUGAUCAGCAGGUUGAGAGUGUCAUGCCAAAUAAUUUUAGCCGAACAAAAAUUUUAUUGUUUUCCUUUUUCGUUUGAAUGCAGCAAUCAGAUUAUAUCUCCGAUCAUGUGUCGGUCAGAACUCCCUUAAACUGGUUUCUGUCACGUGCUAGCUGAAAUAGUAAGUUUUUGGGUCACUUAUAAAGCGCAUUUCGAUUGAGUGUCGUAUAAUCAAAACCAGAGUAAUGACAGCUGUCAAUCAAAGGAAGGAAAGUAUCGUUAAGAGGGAAUGAGAACGCGAAGUAAAGAAGAGCAAACUGCCUGAAGCGCGGGAAAACGCAAGUGACCAAGUCGCGAUUUGUUUUAGUUUUGAUCUGAUUGGUUGAGAGAGCAGCACGAGUUUUCUGAACUAAUCACAAAACGAACUAAAACAAAAGCAAAGAAAUCAAUCCCGGAAUACUGUCGAUACUAAAUUAAAACUUGCCCUUUAUGUUAGAAGAACUUUUGGUGCACUGUAACAAUUUGCAGUGAUAGCAAGUAGUCUAGUUGAAUAAUUACAUUGCAGACUCAAUUGUUCGUUUGAGGUGAAAGAAAUCGAAUUUCUCGAAGAAAAUCGCAGGACUCUUAAGCCAUGUAAAUGCUUCUAUUGUGAAUUAAUCAGUAGUUUGUGGUUUGACUCCUAUGCACCGUAAGAUGUGUUGCUGUAUUUCAAAAAGUUGAUCUUUAUUUAUUUGUAUAAUGUGUUAAAUAUUGUGUGAAUAUUGUGAAGACAGUAUUAAUUUAUUAUAGUGUUGUAAUAUAAUGAAUCUAUGUGACGAUUAGGAACGUAGUGAAGAGACACACCCUAGGUUAUCAGAGAGAGUACCCCCGGUUAUGCCAGCAGGAGAAGUUUAUAUAUUCCUCCAUGUUUCGCGCCUUUCACUCCCACGAUUUUUCACUCCCCAGAUUUAAGUAUCGAUUCUCACUACUGUCCUCCAUAUAUCUUUUUAAUUCAACCUUCGAGAAUUUGGCUUUAAUCCAACUAUAUCCCUCAAGUGAAAUAUAAGUUUGCUUUCCAUCACUUUCCUGUAUAAUGAUGUUUUGAUGUUUUAAGGGGGAACGACUCAUCACUCACUCGUGGGAGUGAAGGGUUAAAUUGGAAAAUAUGGUACCCAGGUAGUGAACUAGUGUUAAACCGUACAAGGUGAAAGGAAUGACCAUGAUAUAAAUAAUAACAACUAGAAACAUGUACAGUGAAG